AUGAAGAAUAAUUCAGCUAAAAUGAAGAAUGUUGCUAAACAGUUAGACGAUAUUCAUAAGGCAAAGCUUUUCAAUCUUUCUAAAAAAGAUGUUGAAGUAAAGGAUUUGUUUAUAGAUGAUGAAUAG